AAAUAAUAAUAAUAACCUCCUCAUGGUAACAUUUUCAGUUCGUUUUAACUGGAUCUAUCUUCAGCUAUACAAUUCUUCCAACUCAGAAAUUCAACAUGAACAUUUAACAGCAUCUACUUUCUUUGACUUGGCAACCUCUUAGAUGCCAAGUCCCAACCCGCUACAUGUAGAUUGUGGCACCACUCAUGGGAAUUGUGUAUCAACUUUCUUCAGUGAUGGUUACUUGUCAAGUCGUUGCCCCUGUUUUAUUUCUGUCCAAUUUUUCCUAGUUACAGAUAGAGAUGGGAGAAGACUUCGAAGUCAAGCUAGCAACAAUGGAGGAGGCCUUUUACCAAUUCAACCCUGCAUACUAAAGACACCACAGGCAUUCAUAUUUCUUCACUUUCCCUCGUGAGUCUCUAAAACUAAAAGUUCAUCCAAAAUGAAAACUCUGCUCCAAUAUUUCUUCCUUUUCUUCAUCACUGCCAUCUGUGUUAAUAUCAUCCCUGCAGUUCACAGCCAGUGUAUUAAAAACCAACAACUAUCAUUGCUCCAAUUGAAGAAAAGCCUUACAUUUUAUAAUGAUUCAUCUGGAUAUUCUCCACUUUCGUCAACCAAGGUCAUAUCAUGGAAUUCAAGUACAGACUGCUGCUCUUGGGUUGGUGUUACUUGCAGUACAAGUGGGCAUGUUGUUGGUCUUGACAUUAGCAGCGAAUGCAUCACGGGUGGGAUUGACAAUUCGAGCAGUCUCUUCGAUCUCCAACAUCUUCAAAUCCUUAACUUGGCCAACAACAAACUUGGCAGUGUGGACCAUAGCAUUCCAUCUGCAAUCGGAAAGCUCACGGAUUUGAGGUAUCUAAAUUUGUCCAAAACUGAUUAUUCAGGGCAAAUUCCAAUUGAGAUUUCACGCCUGAAAAAGUUGGUUGUCCUUGAUAUUUCUAACAUUUACAACUCCCUUAAGAUCCCGAAUUUACGCAUGCUCUUUCAUAAUCUCACAGAGCUUACAGAGCUAUAUCUUGAUGAUGUAGAUAUAUCAGCACAGGGGGCUCAGUGGUGCGAAGCAAUAUCAUCUUCACUGCCAAACCUGAGGGUGUUAAGCAUGUCUGGAACUAAUCUCUCAGGAUUCUUUGCCAAUUAUUCAAAGUUGUCUUCCUUGAGUCUCAAAUAUUGUCAGUUGCAAGGAUCAUUUCCCAAAGAGAUCUUUCAGGUACCUACUCUACAAAAUAUCGACCUUUCGCAUAAUUUGGAUCUUGAAGGCUCCUUGCCAGAAUUUCCAAAGAAUGGAUCUCUUCGAUCCUUGAUACUGAGAUGGACAAACUUUUCAGGCUUCUUGCCCAACUCUAUUGGAAACCUCAAAAUGUUGUCCACGAUAGAUCUUUCAGGUUGCAGCUUCACUGGAUCAAUCCCAAAGUCAAUGGAAAACCUGACAGAAUUGGUUAGCCUGUACAUGCCAUCGCAGAGGCUUCAAGGUCCGGUAGACUUUAUUCACUGGGAAAACCUUGUUAAUCUGGUACAUCUCCAACUGGAAUUCAAUCUCCUAAAUGGGAGUAUUCCAUCAUCUAUUUUUUCUUCUCCCGUGUUAAAGGAACUACUACUUUCCCACAAUCAAUUUUCUGGUCAACUCCAUGAAUUUCAUAACGUUUCUUCCAACUUAAUUACCCUUGAUUUGAGUUUCAACAAUUUGGAAGGACCAAUACCCGUGUCUAUCUUGAGUUUUCGAGGGCUUUAUACACUUGAUCUUUCUUCAAACAAUUUCACUCGCUUUCCUUUUAAUGGUCCUCAGCAACUGAGAAAUCUUUCGACCAUUGAUCUUUCCCACAAUAGCUUGCUGGUUUUAUAUAAUGGUUCCAGUUCCUCAUCUUCCUCUUUUCCUCAAAUUCAGGAUAUGAACUUGGCUUCUAACAAGUUGAGAACAUUCCCAAAUUUCUUGAGAAAUCACAUCUAUUUAGAACGUUUGGACCUCUCAGAAAACCAGAUUCAAGGCAUGGUUCCCAAUUGGAUUUGGGGGAUAAGUUCUCUUUCUCAGCUAAAUCUUUCAUCCAACUCCUUCUCAACUCUCGAAAGGCCUUUACCUAAAAAUUCCAGUGUGUCUGCUCUCGACCUUCAUUCAAACCAACUUCAGGGGCAAAUCCCAUUUUUCUCACCAAGUGCCCGUUAUCUGGAUUAUUCAAAAAAUUGUUUCAGCUCUAGCAUACCAACUGACAUUGGUGAUUUCCUUGCUUCCACUGUGUUCCUCUCUCUUUCAAGCAAUAACUUGCAUGGGCUCAUUCCAGUAUCAAUAUGCAAUGCAGGUUAUGAGGUUCUUGAUAUGUCCAAUAACUCUUUAAGUGGUAUGGUUCCCCAAUGCUUGACUGAAAUGAAGAGUCUUAGAGUACUUAUUUUAAGGAAAAACAACCUUAAUGGAACUCUUUCUAACAGAUUUACUGGAUAUUGUGGUUUAAGAGCUCUAGACCUCGGAAGGAAUCAGAUUAAAGGCCAGCUUCCAAAAUCUCUAGCCAGUUGCACAAAUUUAGAGAUUCUAAACCUUGGAAACAAUCAAAUCAUAGAUACUUUUCCAUGCUUCUUGAAGAGCAUAUCCACCUUGCGUGUCCUUGUUUUGCGAUCCAACAGAUUUUAUGGCGGCAUCGGAUGUUCGAAGACCAAUGGCACCUGGCAAAUGCUUCAAAUUGUAGACCUAGCUCACAACAACUUCAAUGGUGAAAUACCGGAAAGAUCCUUGACAACAUGGCAGGCAAUGACGGCUGACGAAGAUGGUUCCCGACCAAAGAGCAAUGUCCUUUCAUCUGAAGGGGGACAGUAUACUGGAGCUGUUUAUUCUUUUAAGGAUGCUAUAACAGUUACUAGUAAAGGUUCAGAGAUGGAUCUCGUAAAGAUUCUAACUAUCUUCACCUUGAUUGACUUCUCGGACAACAAAUUCAACGGAUCAAUACCUGAGGAAAUGGGAGUAUUGAAAUCACUGUAUAUCCUCAACUUGUCCAGUAAUGCCAUCACAGGCGAAAUCCCAUCAAGCUUAGGCAACAUGCGGCAACUUGAGUCCUUGGACCUGUCGCAAAACAAGCUGAGCGGGCACAUUCCCCAACAGUUGACAAAGCUUACUUUCCUCGCAUUCUUGAAUCUCUCAAACAAUCAACUGGGAGGCAUGAUCCCAACCAGUAAUCAGUUUUCAACAUUUCCACCAUCCUCCUUUACAGGUAACAAAGGAUUAUCGGGACCUCCUUUGGACAACAAAACAGGAUUGCCGCCGCCACCGCCAACACGGAAUGGAAGCCUUCCGGAUUCUGGAUCUGGACAUAAUGAGAUUGAUUGGGAUCUUAUUAGCAUCGAAAUCGGAUUUACAUUUGGGUGUGCAAUUGCCAUUGGGUCACUUGUGUUCUGCAAGAGAUGGAGUAAAUGGUAUUACAGAGCCAUGUAUAGCAUCCUUGUCAAGAUAUUCCCUCAGCUGGAGGAAAGACUUGGUAACCAUAGAAGACAUGUUCACAUAAAUCAAAGGUGGAGACGUUGAAAUGGCUAUGAGGGGCCAUGCAGCUGGCCUCCAUGUUAUGCCUGGAAUAUUUUAGUGUGUAUCUUUCUGCUCUGUUUUCAAUAAAUUUACUUGGCUCUGAUGGUAUUUGAAGGGCGAAAUUUCCCACCCACUUCCCCCGCUGCUUUCUUUCUGCACUUUAAUUAGUCAGUCAAUGAUAGUAACCGAAAAAAUGAAAAUAGGAAGGCAGCAUUGAACAGAACAGUCUACUUAUGCAAGUCCCAACCAGCUACAUGUUAGAUUGUAGCCCCACUAGACAGAUGGACAGUCAAGCAACCCAUAAAUCUUGUGGAGGCCUUUUCCACGAUACUAAAAACCCACUAUAUAUAAUAUAUCCAUUAGCUGUCUGUUAUUUCAGUCCCUCAAUCCAAAUUUCCCACUUGCCUGAGUUAGUUGACUUAGUUGACUUAGUUGGAGCUGAUGCUGUUAUAUUUUUCAUAAUAGUAAUUGUAAUAACUCAUGCCAUUGUUCUAG